AUGGACAGGCAGCUUGUAUGGGGAAAGCUGUUUCUGAUACUCACAGUGCUGUCCUGCUGCAAGAGUUUGCAGGUGUCCAUUCCAAAAAAUGAAUAUGAGGCUGAAAAAGGAGGCAGUGUUGACUUGACCUGCUCCUGGGUCCCUGCAAAUCCCUCAUUGACCGACUAUAUACUCCGAUGGGAUGUCUUCCCAGAAAUUACUGGAGACCCAAAACCUGUGGCUACUGCAUGGUAUGGCAAACCAGUUGAAAUUUCCCCAGCUUAUGAAGGCAGAGCAUCCUUGGACGUUGACCCUAACACUCGAGUGAGCACACUGCAUUUAACACAGCUCACCAUGCAGGAAAACCGCCAUUUCCAGUGCAGUGUCCUUAUAUAUGGUGAUGAUGAUGGAACAACAGUUGUCACCACCUCCCUUUUGGUCCUGGUCCGUCCCUCUCCACCAAUCUGCAAGCUUCAGGGAAGUGCAGAAUAUUUUCAAAAUGUUACACUCACCUGUUUGUCUGAGGAGGCAUCCCCAGAACCCACCUACGACUGGAAGAGCUUUGGUGUCGACAACAUUCCCAGACAAUUUCCACCUAAAGCAACUCAAAAGGAUGGAGUCCUAUCUCUCUUCAAUAUAACAAGGGAGACAUCUGGGUACUAUAUUUGUACAUCACAAAAUCGAAUUGGUUCUGCCAGUUGCAACUUUACUUUGGCUGUGAUGCCUGCCAGCAUGAAAAUUGGAUCCACAGCAGCUAUAAUAGGAGGAGUCCUCGCAGGGCUCCUGGUGGUGGGGAUUCUCAUCUUCUGUCUUUGUCGGAGAAGGAGCAAGAAGAAUAAAUAUCCUGAGGGUUCCCCUGAAGAAAUGAGGUAUUACGACCAAGAUGCUGCUGAAGGUGAAGAACCAUACUCGGACGACAAGUCAAACAGCGAGAAAAAACAGGCCAGCCAGAAUGAGGAUAAUGAUGUGGCACCUCAAAAAAUUACCAGAGUCGAAGAAGUUGUGCAGAAGUUUGCAGAUGAUCAGUACAGUUACAAUAGCAGCAAAGAAAGGUAUGAAGGCAAGGGCAGUGAUAUAGACUCUCACCGGUACCAGGACGACCAGCGUGACCAUUAUGGUGGUAACCGGGAUCGUCUUGAUGAUCAACACGUACGUUACGGUGGUAGUAGAGAUCGCCUUGAUGAUCAGCGCGAUCGUUACGGUGGUAGUCGAGAUCGCCUUGAUGAUCAGCGUGAUCGUUACGGUGGUAGUAGAGAUCGCCUUGAUGAUCAGCGCGAUCGUUACGGUGGUAGCCGGGAUCGCCUUGAUGAUCACCGCGAACGUUACGGUGGUAGUCGAGAUCGCCUUGAUGAUCAGCGCGAUCGUUACGGUGGUAGCCGGGAUCGCCUGGAUGAUCAACGUGAACGCUACGGUGGAAGUCGUGAUCGCCUUGAUGAUCGCCGUGACUAUUAUCGCGGUAGCCGAGAUCGCCUUGACGAUUACAGUCGAGAUGACCGCGGUGAUCGCUAUAGUGGUAGCCGAGAUCGACUUGAUUACAGUGACAGAAACCAGUAA